AUGGUUCUGAUGAUGGAUAUUAAAAUUAUGUCGGCAUUUUCAAUUUUAUUUUUAUCUUUGAUGGUGUCGAAUGAAUUUUUAGAAUUUUUAGCAAAUACGGUUUAUGCAGCUAUAUUAUUUAUUAUAAUUUUAUUCUUUUAUCAAAAUCGACAACAUUUUUUUACAACUUCAUCAUCAUCAAAAGAUAGUUUAACUUCAACAACAACAACAACAACAACAACCUCAAUAACAUCAUCAUUAAUACAACAACAACAAGAAAAAGAACAACAACAACAACUAGAACAACAACAACAACAACAAUCAAUUAAAUUAAUAACUAAAGAAAUAACAAUUGAAAAUGAUAGUGAAAAGAAUACAAGUACAACAACAUCGAUUAUUACAAAAGAACAAUCACCGGGUUCAGUAAGAUUAAUUCAAAAUUAUUCAGCAUCACAACAAUCUGAAUUAACAAAUACAACUAUUAAACAAUUACAACAAAAGAAUCAAGAAUUACAAGAACAAAUUAAUAAUCAAAUUGAGAAAUCAAGAAAGGAUCAAUUGAAAUAUUUCAAUAGUAAUAAUAAAUCACAAAGUGAAAUUAAAGAGCAAAUUGAAAAGAUUAUUAAAUUAACAGAAAAGAAUGAUGAUUUGUUAAACUCUAUAGUGAUAUUGAAUUCAACAAUCGAUGGUAAUAGAAUAAAGAUGCAAGAGAUUACAAAGGAUCGUGAUUCAAUCUACUCUAGUGAACAAAAACUAUUAUCCAGAUUAACAGCAUUUGAAAAGAAAGAGAAAGAAUAUCAAGAUAAUGAAAAACAAUUACAAAAGAAAUUAUCCGACCAAAAAGAUCAAUACUCUACACUAAAGAAAGAAUUUGAUGAAAAAGUAAAGAAAUCUAAUAAACUUGAAAAUUCAAUUCAAUCUUUAGAAUCUCAAAUUCAAAAAUUAUUACAAAAACAAGAAAAAGAAAAACAAAAAUUAGAAAAAGAUAAAGAAAGAGAAAGAUCAUCAUCAUUUUCAUCAGAUAUAUCAUCAUCAUCAACAACAUCAACAACAGCAUCAACAUUUUUAUCAAGUUCUCCAUCAAAAUCAAUACCAAUACCAAUUCCAAUUAAAACAUCAAAUGCCAUUAGUGAUUUAAAGAGAAAUAAUAGUAAUGAUAGUGUUAAUGGACUAAUUGGAAAUGGUAAUUCAUCAGUUUCACCACCAUCAUCAUCCUAUCUUAGAGAAUCAUCUGAUGAUUCUGAUAAUCAAAGUUCAUCCUCACCAUCGGAACCAAAAUUCAAAUCAUUAUUUAAUAAAGUUAAAUCAGAAUCUAGUAAAAUUGUAAAUAAGGCACAGAAAGGUAUAAAUAAACAUUUAGGUUCAGAUUUCUUUACACCAGCAAAUACUACAACAUCCACAACAACAACAACAUCAACAACAUCAACAUCAACAACAACUCCUAUAACUUCGGCAUCAGCAACUGCAGCAGCUAUAUCAUCUUCAUCAAUUAUUACUUCACCUACAACUAAUACAACCAAUGAUAUAUUAUCAUCUUCAUCCUCUUCAUCUUCAUCAUCCUCAUCAUUAUUAACAACUAAUGCAAUAUUAUCGCCACCAGUUGGUAAUGAACAACAAAUGGAAGUAAUCAAUGAUAAAACUGAAGUUAAUCAAUCACCAGUUAAACCAUUAAUAUUUUUCGAUGAUUUAGGUAAUGAUAAAUUAUUAGAUUCAACAACCGAAGAACAAAUUCAAUCAAAAAUGACAAUUUCACCAAGAGAUAAAGAUAGAAUUUUAAUUGAUAAAGAACAAUCAUUAUCAGAUUUAUUCAUUAAUAGUAAAGAAAAUAUAAGUAAUAUAAGUGUAUCAAAUUUAGAUAAUUUUUUAAAAACCAAUAAUAAUAAUAAUAAAAAUAAUAUAGAAGAAUCAAAUAAUAAUAAUAAUAAUAAUAAUAAUAAUAAUAAUAAUAAUAAUAAUAAUAAUAAUAAUAAUAAUAAUAAUAAUAAAAAUGAUAAUAAAGAAGUUAAUUCAAAAUUAGAAUUUUCAAUAAAAGAUGAAGAGAAUAAAAUAGGAUUAAGAAGAGCAAAGAAGAAAUUAUCACCAGGUUGUUCAACAAUGAUGGAGGAUGUAUCAAUUGCUAUUUAUCCAUUCUUAAAGGAAAAGAAAUUGAGCAAUUGUUCAAACAUUGGUUUAUUUGGUGUUUUUGAUGGACAUGCAGGUAGAGGUGCAGCAGAUUCUGCUUCAAAAUUAUUCCCGAAAGAAAUUGAAAAAUUAUUAGAAAGUGGCAAUUAUAGUUUAACUGAACAAGAUGAUGGUGGUGAUAAUAAUCAUAAUCAAUCGAAACUAUUGAAUGAUUUAUUCUCAAAUGUCGAUAAUAAAAUGAAAGAUCACGAAUAUGAAGGUUGCACAGCUACACUCGCAUUAAUAUGGAGUGAUGGCGAAGAACAACAACAACAACAACAACGUUAUUUACAAGUUGGUAAUGUUGGUGAUUCAUCUGCUUUCCUUUGUAGAGGUAAUGAAUCAAUUGAAUUAACAUUUGAUCAUAAAGCAAAUGAUCCAUCAGAGAAACAAAGAAUUAAAGAUCAAGGUAUACCCGUUAGUGAUAAUCAAACUAGAAUCAAUGGUGUUGCGGUUAGUAGAUCUUUAGGUAAUCAUUUCAUAAAGGAACAAAAUAUUGGUAUGAUUUCAACACCUCAUAUCUCAAAUCGUUAUCUUUUAACCCCUCAAGAUAAAUUUGUCAUCAUUGCAUCCGAUGGUCUUUGGGAUGUAAUCAAUGGUAAAGAUGCCAUCGAAAAGGUUUCCUCUUUAUAUGAUCAAGGUGCUACCGCUGAUUCAAUGGCAUCUUGUUUAUUAGAAACUGCUAUUCAAUCUUCAUUAUGUAAAGAUAAUGUAACAGUAAUAAUUGUAAAGUUAUAA